CAGGAACAAAAUAGGCAGAACAGGUCACAGGACAGGGACUACGACAUGACCCAAGAGGCAAGGCGGAAGGCCGAGGAGGCGGAGGAGGCGAAGAACAAGACCUACGAGACCGCGCAACAAGCCAAGGAGAAAACACAGUCUACAAUGAACCAGGUGAAGGACAAGGCGGCGCAGGAGGCAGAGGAGGCAAGGCGGAAGGCCCAAGAGGCGGCGGAGAAGACCAAAGAGACUGCCCAGGCCGGGAAGGAGAAGACGAGCGGGAUUCUUCAGCAGACCGGAGAAACAGUGAAGAACGUUGCACGCGGUGCGGCUGAUGCUGUGAGGAGCACUAUUGGGAUGGCCAAGAACGAUGACCAGGAUGAUCCUUAUUAUAGGGAGACUACUACCACUACUAGGACUAAUACUGGGACUACAGGGGCUCCUGGGACUGGGAAUUACCCAAGGAAUAGGAACUACUAGUUAGGUUAAUUACUCGAAUCGUUGUUGUUUAUUACAGUCGUUUGUUCUGUUUGGGCGAGUUUUAGGUUCUUCCCUCUCAUCACUCAUGAGAUGAGAUAUGGGGACAUGUUGUAUUUGGUUUGUUUAGUGUUGUAUAAGAGUUGUGACAAGACGUACAGCCGCCAUUUUAUUAGGUGGUCG